AUGAAGAUUGAGCAAGUGAGUUCAAAGCUUUUACAACCAAUCUACAAUGUUACUGAUGAUCAACCAGUCCCAACCAGAAAAUCUAUCCCUCUUACUGUCUUUGAUAAGUUGGCAGAUGAUCAACAUAUACCAUUACUAUAUGCUUAUAAACCACCAAAUCCAUCAAAUGCAUUGUUAGAACAAGGCUUGCAAAAGGUUUUACCGGAGUAUCGAGAAUGGGCUGGUAGGUUGGGCGAAGAUGAGGAUGGUGAAUUCGUUAUUCUACUCAAUGAUGAAGGUAUGAGGUUCAUCGAAGCGUCCGCUGACUGCACCUUAGAUGAAGCUAUCCCUUUUACGGUAUCUACCUUGUUAGAACUCAAUUCAAGUUUGGAAGGACCCAUGAAAGAAUUGGCUCUAGUUCAACUCACAAGAUUCACUUGUGGGUCUUUAGUUUUGAGUUUCUCGUCGAAUCACAUUGUUGCGGACGGAGUAUUUGUGAGCCAGUUCAUGAUUGCUUGGGCUCAGGCUUGCCGUGGACUCGAAAUCCACCCGCGUCCUGUGCACGAGAGGAACAUAUUCGUUCCUCGAAAUCCAUGUGAUAUUAAGUUUGAUCACACAAGUGUUGAGAUUGCAAAGAGGAAGAUCAAUGAAGACUCUAGUAUGUUGCCCUACGCGAAAGAUGAUUUGGCAUGCGAAAUUCUUCAUUUUACACCGGAGUUUAUAGCAAAAAUUAAGAAUAAGGCUUCUUCAUCCUCCUUGACUUGUGAAGAUGUGAAUGGUGGAUAUAGUUCAAGCUAUAGCACUUUUGAGUGCUUGGUUGCACAUUUAUGGAGAGUGAUUACAAGGGUUCGGGGACUUGGCGAGUCUGACACAACUUAUGUUAGGAUCUCAGUGAAUGGAAGGAGAAGGUUGAGACCUCGUGUCCCAAAUGAGUACUUUGGCAAUUUGGUGCUUUGGGCAUUUCCUGAAACUCAAGGGAAGAACCUUUUCGAUGAGUCUUUGAGCCACACGGCAGGAGUAAUACACGAUGCAGUCGCAAAGGUGAAUGACGAGUACUUCAAAUCUUUUGUAGACUUUGCAAAAAAAAAUCAGCAUGAUGAGAAUCUGAUGCCGAAGAAAGUUGCUGACAUGAAGGUGCCAUCUAUGUGGCCUAACUUGGAAGUUCAAAGCUGGCUUGGUUUUCCAUUCAAUGAUGUGGAUUUCGGUGUUGGUAAGCCUUCCAUUUUUAUGCCUUCAUUUGAUCCUUUUGAGGGUGAGAUUUACUUGGUUCCUUCCGUUGUUGGUGAUGGGAGCAUAGAUGUGUAUGUGACUUUGUUCCAGCAACAUCUACCCCUCUUCGAGCAAAUUUGCUACAACAUCGACUAA